AUGGCUACCAAGAAUCCUGCACCGGCCGGCAGUGUGCCAUUCUCUGUUUUUGUGUCUCGGCCGAGCACCGAGGCUUACGAAGUGCACUUCUCCCCGCUGGCCCAGCCGCGGGCGGCCGAGAUCGACCCGACGUUUCUGGAUGCUAUGAAGGUGCGGCACAACGUCUUCAUUAUGGAGCAAAAGGUGCCGCUCGAGAGUGAGCUCGACGAGGACGACAUGCGAUCGGUCCACUGGGUCGCCUACAUGACCGACGGCGGUGAAGCCGUCGGUACCAUCCGCGUCGUGCCCUAUCCACAGCCUCCGCACCCGAUGCCGGGCGGCGCAUAUUCCAUCAUUGACGGCGCUGUUGUGCUCAAGGGCCGGUGGGUGCGCAAGUCCGAGCAGCGGUUGGAUAGCAAGGACGCCGCCGCCGCCGCCGCCGCACCUCCUUUGCACACCAUGCCGCGGUCGCAACUCGAGUAUCUGCCAGCCACUGAGGCCGACUUGGCGGCCGAAAUUGAGGCGGCCAUCGGCCCAGACCGGGCCACAUCCCUGCACGACGGCAAGGAGCCCUACGUGAAGCUGGGCCGCAUCGCCGUCCUAUCCUCCUUUAGGGGCUUCCACCUUGGACAGUAUCUCGUGCAGACGGCGCUGGACUGGAUCCAGGAGAACCUGGCGUACUUUGACAAGGUCGACCCAAUGGCUGCGGCGGCGACCACUGAGACCAGGUUCAAUGGGCUUGUGUGUUUGCACGCGCAGGUCCAUGCCCUGGGUUUCUACCAGCGGCUCGGGUUUGUCGUUGACGAGGGCAUGGGUACAUGGUGGGAAGAGGGCAUUCCGCAUGUGGGGAUGUUCCGCCGGCUGGAGCUGUCUAAGAAGGCUUUGUAA